CGCAUGGGUCAGGACCCUGAUGACAAUGGGUUCAGUUAGCAGAAACAAACUUCUGAUUCAAUCGUCUUAUUCUUCAGUUGUGACUGCGCUCCUCCUCUGUCUUAUCUUCCAUACUGGCAUCUUUAAUCAAGCAAAGCAAGGACAGUGCUCUAUGUGAAGUGAAGAGGCCUAACUUAGUUGCACUCCGCCUCCCUGCUACCCCUCAGAAGAAGUCGAUUCAUCAUGUCAACAUAAUAUUAAGACCACGUCCUGUCCGUUACCGGCUGAGCCUCAGCCGACCUAAUACCUACACACCCUUCCACACACAGUCAUAACUUAUGGCUCCUCUCAAGCGAAAGCGCCCUCACGAUGCGAUUCCCGACCCUCCAGCUCCGGAGCCGAUAACGCGUCGUGCAACGCGCCAGACCUCAAUCGCCCCACUUCCUGUACAAUCGGAUCCAGAGCCAAGACGACGCCGAAAGCGUGGGGGGAACAAGGAAGAGUUGGACAAGAUGCAAAAAAAUGGGAAACUGGGCCUUACCAAACCUCUGGAUGCCCUUCCGGUUUCCCAGCCUUGCGGCAAGAAGGAAAACAUCCCUCUGCCGCCCGUCCACUCGGGACCUCUGAAGCCAAACCGAGCCACAAGAAAUGGGAAGACGAAGACUGGAAUAGCAAGUCAACCUUCAAUGCCCGGAUCGUCCGAUAUCGAGAAUGUCAGCCCCGGCUCAACAUCGGGCCCGAGUCCAUUGACCUCUGUGGCUCGACCUACAAUGCGACCGACAGAACCCGCCAGUCGUCGCGCACGACCGAUCGAACCGCAUCAGCAAUCCGCCGUCCAACGUGCAGACAUGGCCGCGCCGGCGGCUUCCAUCCCCGCGCACCAGCCGCCUCGACAGCAGAAGCCAGCGGGAAGCACAGCCGACAAGUCCCUGAACGGCCGCCCGGACCGCAACAUCGACAAGGUCGUGCUGGGGGAGAUAUGCUUCCGCGCCUGGUAUCCGUCAUACUACGGGAAGGAGGUCUUGGGCGACAUAUCGGGCAACAGCGCCAAGGCCGCCAUGAUAUCGGCUGCCAAUGGCGUAAACGGGGAGGACGGCGGCGGGAAGGGCCAAGGACGACGAGACAGGGACAACGUGCCGAUCCUGGAUCGGUUGUAUGUGUGUCCUUGUUGCUUCAAGUAUUCCAAGGAGCUUGUCGCCUGGUGGGAGCAUGUCCGCGUUUGCGAGACGAGGUGCUUCGUUCCCGGAAAGAAAAUCUAUGCUCACCCGAAAGGCCGGCGGAAAGUUCUCAUUCCCGCAACAACCGGACCAAAGUUUGCGAGGGGAAGGCGGGGAAAUGGAGCGGGAAAGAUGGUUGAAGGAGUGGUCCAGGAUGAAGGAGAAUGGAGCAUAUGGGUGGUCGAUGGCGAAAAGGAUGUGCUCUUUUGCCAAAACCUCUCAUUGUUUGCGAAGCUCUUUCUCGACAACAAAUCGGUGUUCUUCGACGUCACGGGCUUCAACUACUUUUUACUGGUGUACUCGCCUCCCUCACCACCGACACCUAAUCCGAAUGCCGAUGUGUCCGACGUCAUCCAGCCGCGGAAGCAGAUCGUCGGUUUCUUCUCCAAAGAGAAGCUGUCGUGGGACAACAACAACCUAGCCUGUAUCCUCAUUUUCCCACCGUGGCAGCGCAAGGGAUUGGGAUCUCUCCUUAUGGGCAUCUCCUACGAAAUAUCAAGACGAGAGGGUCUCCUUGGCGGGCCGGAGAAACCCAUUUCGGACCUCGGCAAGAAAGGCUACAAGAGGUUCUGGGCCGGUGAGAUCUCGAGGUGGCUUCUCAGCCUGGACACAACAGGCGACGGGGCGGAGGCCGUCGUUGAUACAGAUGAGUGCAGCAGGGCGACGUGGAUCGCGCCGGAAGACUGUUUACUUGUGUUGAGAGAAAUGGGUCUCGUCGAGGACGCUGGGGAAGUGCCAGUACCCGGCCAAGAUGCCCAGGACGAGGCGGAGGCGGAGGCCGGGGAGGUCGAGAAGCAAUAUAUCCGGCGAGUGAGAAUCUCAAAGGAGGCUGUUCGGCGCUGGGUCGUUGCGAACGGCAUCGGUUUGGAAAGGACCUGUGAUCCGGAAGGCUUCAUCGAUGGUUAUGCUCUCAAGCCGGUGGAAACUGAGGAGGAGAGUUGAGACCGGGAAUAUGAAUUGUUCCCAACCUAUCCGGAAUUGAUUGAUGCCGGGUACUGUAAUGAUAAGUACGGCGUAGGAUGUUUGAGUUGUUGACCUUGGCACACUGUUGUUGACAUUGCCUUGGCACACCAGAGACGAUCCACCUUGCUCUCACGCCGCUUGUAAUGGAAUUGAUGAUCCACUGGAAUGGUUUCCAGCGUUAUUUGUUA